GUCAAAUUAAAAAUGGCGGGUGCUGCGGUCAAAAGAAAACCCGAUUCAAACGUUCCUCCAGAGGAAAGUGACCUGCUGAAAAUAACUCCAUUGUAAGUGCUCAUACUCUUGUAUCAUUCAAACAUAAUAGUGUAGUAGUUUGAUCGCAGUAGCUUUCGUACAACUGCUCAAUUUGAUCCAUGCGCAAAAAACGCGUCCUUUGGUGCUUUGAGGAAUGUCCACAACUUAUUGAAAUUGAUCGCAACAAAAUAGGGUAAAUUAAAGAAUAUAACUCGGAUUUAAAAUUUCAUUUAGACUUCUCUUGCGGAUCAAUCACAAUUAAGUCUACUUCAAGCCCUAUGCGAUCUUCGUCCUGUUACUGUUUUUGAUAUCACGUGCAUGCGUGUAUUAAUAAUUAAGUUAUGUACGAUGUAAAAUAAUUCCCAAAACGGACACCCUUUCUCUUUGUCUUGUAUAGACCACUUGCACUAAGAAGUCGCGUGACCAAUGCUUCCUUUAAACAAUGAGUUGGAAUCUUGCUGAUGCCAAAAAUUGACAGAGCACAUAAAAAUUAGCUUACACCCGAAGUUUGAGAGGAAACCCAUUUAAGGGAGAUAUUUUAUGGCACUUUGAUUUUUCAACAAAGUAGUAUGAUUUGUAUUGGCCACCAUGUUGGAGGGCAUACUCUUGCCCUCCAAUAUGGCAGCCAAAACUACUUUUUGCUUAUAUCUUGUUAAACGUUUGAUAGUUACGCUCAGAUUUGCUGUAAACGUUACCACAUCAUUUUUUCAACAUCCUCCUUGAAGUUCAAGUGGAAAGCUUGUGUUCAGAAAGAAGUAAUUCAUGAUUUUAAAAAUAACAUUUUGGUCACGUGACCAGCGAGGAACUUACUCAUUUUAAGAAAAUGGUGCGGGUUUGAAAAACUAAAUCACUAUUAUUUUGUUUAAGAUAUGACCCACUAAUCUUUUUCGAAGGCAAAUUCAUAUAACUUUCAUUUUCGUGAAAACUAUGUCACAUGACUUCUUAGUGCAAAUGGCCUAUUGACAACAUAAAGAUGUCUUUUCUAUGUACAUGAAGUGUCAAACUGUAGCUUUACUAACCACAGCACUCCACUGGUGAAGUAAGAGAAAUUGAAGAACAUGCCGGGAAUUCCAAGUAUUUUCAAAAAGUUAGAAAAGACAUGUUUGUGUCAUCAGAGCAGAUUCUAAAGCUGAUUCUAAUAAUACAAUAUUUAAGUGUCUUGGAACAGUUGCCCUAUUGGUUCUUUUUAGGGGUUCUGGGCAAGAGGUUGGCCGAUCAUGUCAUAUCUUGGAGUUCAAAGGAAAGAAAGUCAUGGUAUGUACGUGUAUAACAUAAGGACAAAAAUCUGUAGGUCCCGAUUCACAGCACGUUCACUUAUGUGGUUCUUGUAGGAUGUAAAAGAACUCACACAACUGUUAGAAAAGAGUAGAGGAUGCAGACCCCAGUGGUGUAGCCUGAAUUUCAAAUGAUUACUUCAAUUUGUUUUCUCCGCUCAGCAACGUCUGAAUAGACAAACCGUUCAUGCCAUCCUGUGACAUCACAACCAGAAAACCGGGUAGUGAUUUUGAUCGGUCGAUUGUUCAAACAUUUGCAUAAUUAUGUAUAAUUAUGAGAAAUUUUAGGGGGAUUCAGCAGAUUGCAUGCCUGACAUGCUUGUGUGGAGUUCAAAAAUUGCCACAAUCUUGAUCAUAAACAGCAAAAUAUUGUCAUUUAGAGCUGCUUGUGGUUUCGGCAGUGAAUUUGUUAAUGCAAAGGUUUCUGCAUUUUAGUUAUAAUUCAACUUCCUUGUCAUCCAUCAAGUUUCUUCUUAAAGCAAUUUGUUGUGUUUUUUAAGUGUUCCAUGUGUGUAUUUAAGCUUAUUUCAUUGUGUGAUUGCGAUUGAGUUUGAUUAUUGAAUUACAACAAAUUUGUUCAGAGUACCGCAUGCAGUUGGCAUAUGAUAAAAUAUGGAAUGGACUGGAGUGGUAAAACAUGGACUGGAGUGAUAAAACAUGGAGUGAUAAACAUGGAGUAAUAAAACAUAGAAUGAUAAAACAUGGAGUGAUAAAACAUGGAAUGAUAAAACGUGGAGCCGUAAUAAAACAUGGAGUGAUAAAAUAAAAUACAGUCAACUUUCUCUUUAAUAAUUAAUAAUUAAUUAAUAAUGGACACCUCUUGUUCGUCCCUGCAUUUUUAGUCAUAUUACUGUAAAUAAUAAUAGACAAACACCAGACACAUGUCUUAUCAUAUACCCCAUUUUCCAUGCACUCAGUCGUAAUUUUAAAAAUGAAAUACAUUUGACUUACUAAAAUUAACGAAGGAAUAUAUAGACUGUUGUAAAAAAUUUAUCAUUUUCCAGAAUUUUUAUCUCUUGGGUACAAGGUAAAAAGUCAACUAGCUAGUAAAAGCCUCUCUAAGAAGCAGUGAUUUUAUGUUAUCAGCUAAUGUGUUCCAGAGCCUGGGGCAGCAACUUGAAAAGAUCUGUUUUCAUAAAACUUGAGAUUCGACUCUGGUAUUAAAAGCAGAUUUUUUGAAGAAGAUCUUUAAUAAUUUCCUAGUAUUUUAGGGCUGAAGGAGAUCAACUUUAUAUUUGGAACCAUGUCAUUCAGUAAUUUGUACAUAGGAAGUAGUAUUUUUGAACAUAGUUCAUUGCCAAUGUAGUCUACAAAGAACUGAUCGGUUCUAUCUUCUGAACUUCAACUUCUGGUCACGAGUCAAGCUGAGCAGUUUUGUACAUAUUGUAGCCUAUCAAGAAACAAAUGUGAUAAGCCACGUAGAGGAGCAUUACAAAAUCCAACUAAGAUGAGAAGAAUGCAUGUAAAAAUUGCAUGCUCAAGAUGCAUGCUCAAGUUUUUUUCAGAAUUUUUUGUAAACAUGCAUAUCGCAAGUGAAACAAUUUUCAUGAUUCUUCAGUCUGAUUUAUGUAGUCUGUUGAAGGUUUCAUUUUAUGGCUUUACAGCUCACAGGUUUUGAGUACACCUUGUGCUAUGACAGUCCCACAUGGUAAACUUAUCAGAUUUAUAAUAUAGUUGAACCUCUUUAAUACAGACACCGAAGGGACAGAGCAAAAUGUCCGCGUGUUCUAAAAGAGAGGUGUCCAUAUUAUGGAGGUCACCACGAUGAAGUCACUUUUAAGACUCCACUGACAGUUUUAAGUGUUCAGUAACUAAAAACAAAAUGGGACAUUUAUGCCUUUAUUAUGGAAUUGUUAUUGUAAGUGGUCACAAAAAAUUUCACAUAGGUUUUACUGAAUGGGCUACAGCUACAGUAAUUUCUUGCGAACACUUUUCCUCUUCUUCUCAUUGGUAACAUGUUACAUGGUAUUUUACGUUAAUUUUUCAAACUAAUAAUAAUUGAAUAAGCGUUGAUGUUUGCAUAAUCACAAACUCUUUCACAACUAUCAUCGCCUGAUCGUUGAAUCCUUUGAAAGCAAAAGCAUAACUUCUUGUAGAAUAUCUGGACACUUAUCGGAUGUUGUAAAGGAAAUCAUGGAUUCACCACUUGUGCGGUCAAAAAUAUAAACACAGUUGUAUUCAUACUGAAAUGCACUAGACAUGAAUUGCCAUUUCUAUGUUGUGGAGCCCACUUUAGAAAGCAAAUGUGUGUAUUGUCAAGACUACAAUGUACGAUUAUGCAGUUCAAAAUGGCACCAAAAAGAUGUAUCAAGCGUCACCGUCCUCACAGACCUUGAAAAAUAAAUCAAACAGGACGAAGCAACAGGAAGAGAGAAUAUGCCGCCUGGACACAGUUUGAUUGUUCAAAUGAAAAGAGGUGAACAGAAUCUUGGAACUGAGUAUAUUUUUAUCCACGGCUCUGUGUUGUCCGUCUUAUAGAGGUGUCCGAUAUGAGAGACUUGACUGUAUAUAAUUUAUCACUCCAUGUUUUAUCACUCCAUGUUUUAUUACUCCAUGUUUAUCACUUCAUGUUUUAUCACUCCAGUCGGUGUUAUACCACUCCAGCCCAUUCCAUGUUUUAUCAUAUGUCCAUGCAGUUGACAGUUUAAACAUUAAACGUGAAUUACAAUCAAAAAGAGUAUUAAAAGCAAUUCUGUAUCAUGUAGACAUUUCCAGACAGUAAUUCUUUGUUUGCCAGUUGAAAAUCGUGUUUUACUUUUUGCGUGAAUUAAAGCAAAGGAGUAGUGACAUCACUGGACAGCAUUAACAGCCGGUCUAUUCAGAUGUCAAUGAGGAAGUAAAAACUACUCGAAGUAAUCAUCUAAAAUUCAGGCUACCCAGUGGUGUAGCCACCUUUCUUUCAUGUAGCAAUGGCUUGGAAGUCAUGGAAGUAACUGUAAGUGAGAAAGAAUGGGAUUUGCGAUCGAGACAUGCAAAGGGAGAGGGAGCACCUAAACAUGAGGCCCAUGAAAAUUGUCACCUGCCAACUCUCAGGCAAAUGCUCCCUCUUGCCUCGUGCGACUCUUGCGUCCCUCAUUCCUUCUUGUGCCCAUCACAUCACUUCCAAGCACCUGCUAUGCAGGCCACGUGUAUAGAGUCUCACAUUGCCUCAAGUUAAUGCAUUAUGAAGCAUGCAUGCAAGGGUUACAGACUGGAGUGAAGAAUUAAUAUUACAGCAGCUGGCAUUUUUUUUGGAAAAUUUAUGGCUCUAUAUUUGUUUUGGUUGGAAAAUUCGUCAAGAAUAAUCAUGUACAUGUAGGGAUUAGAUACCGACAUUCAUCCACCAAGUGUAAUGUUUGUUCUCCAUUUUAUUAUGAGAAAAGUGGAAAACGGCAAAUUAUACUUAAACCUACAGGUAGUAAGUAAUGCCAUGUACACUAUUGUCUUUAGAUUCAAUAACAUGUUACCCUCUUUAUUCCAGUUGGACUGCGGCAUUCAUCCUGGAAUGUCUGGAAUGGAAUCACUUCCUUUUCUUGAUGAAAUUGACACAGCAGAAAUUGACCUCCUUCUUGUCAGUCAGUAAGUGUAAUGCAGUGCAGUCACUAAGGGCUGGGGACUGUGAAGAUAUCCACUGUUAUCAUGAGCAUGACCCCUGACUUUAUAGAAGCAAAAGAAAAAAAGAACCAAAAGAACUUCCCAACCAAUGUAAUUAUACCCAGCAACGUAAAAUCGUAGUGAUUGCAGCCCUAGUGAUGGCCAUCAGUGAUCAUCAUUCUGUGAUAAUAGCAACUCCCUAAAAUGGACACCAAGAGUUUGUCCCUGACAUUUGAUUCUUCAGUCAUUUUCUCUGGCUUUCUCGGUAAGACAUACUGCUUUCAAAGAUGGGAAUAGUACACUGGACAUUGUAUGCAUAGUAUCAGUCCUUAUGGUGUCCAUCUAAGAGAUUUGUUGGAACCAAAAUUGAACCAACAGAACCGAAAUUAACUAGUCAGAACUGAAAUUGAACAAACAGAACAGAAAUUACAAAGUCAGAACAGAAAUUGAACCAACAGAACAGAAAUCAAGAAGUUCAAUUAGAACAGGAAUUAACAAGUCAGAACUGAAAUUGAACCAACAGGACAGAAAUUAACAUAACCGUCAAUUUCUGUUCUAAAUGGGACUGAGGCCAUGACGACAGCGCUGACCAAGUGAAGCCUGGGGAAAACCACUUUAAAAUAUUUUAAGUUAUGAUUAUUAACCUCCGCCGUAUAUAUAAUUCCAACACAGCCGCCAAUGAGAGUGUGUUUCUUAGAAGUAUUAGAGAUGUUGUUGGAGUAGUAUUGAGAGAUCUGCAGGCUUUGGUCUCCGAAAGAGCACAUUGUUGCCUUGACUGGCUGCUAGAUAAUGUCAAUAGGUACACAGAUUCACUGAGUACAACUAACUGUUGACCUAGAACAAGUCCACUUUCUCCUUCGAGAAGCUCGCGAAUGUCUGUGUGCGCAUAGCAGGUCUUUUGCGGAGCAGUACUUUGGUAAGACGACACAACAAGCAGACAAGAUGACAUGACAAGUAGACAAGACAACAGAACAACAUGGCUCCUGUCAACCCUCCACGUUUUCAAAUAAUUUAUUGAGAAGGGUUGGGGAAGAGAUGAUAGAUGACGUCAUAAUGCACGGCACAUCACGUCAUUAUUUUGUGAAAAAAAACACGCGUAAGAGAUGUUGUUGGAAUUGUAACAUUUGGGGCACUUUCCACUUACUAGUCAAAAUUUCUGGAAUUUCCGGUUCGGCAGUAAAUGGAACACGUUUUGUCGGUUCACCCCACUGGAAAAUUCCCAGAAAAAGUGGAAAGUCUAAAAAGGUGGGCCCGUUUUCCCGGGUGGAAUUUCCAAACGGAAUUUUGUGCUCUAUUUACACGUUUCUCAUAGUCUGUACCAGUUCCAGGUCCAUGGUCAGCGCCACAGCGUACCAGGGUUUUCGACCAAAUGGAGCAACUUUUUUCCAAUUGGAAAUUCUUCUUUUUUUCCCACCGAAAUUUCCAGGUUUUUUUCCUUAAUGGAAAGUGCCCUUGACCUAAUAGGUUUACUUCCCACUAAUCACAUUAUUGCCUUAAUUACAAUGGCAUACUGGAGUUUGUGGGGAAACGUUUGAUGUUAACAGUAAAAUAGCUCAAACAAUGCAAAAUAUUUGAAAUUUUGUUGUCAGAAAGUCAAAUCUACAGGAAACAGAAAACUUUCAAUUGGCGAUUAUCCAGGAGAUUUCAGACUCUAAUCUAGAGACCGGGAGAAACACUUCAAAAUCUGAAGUCUCCCGUAUUACCUGGGAGAGUUGACAGCCCCGAAACAAGUAGACAAGACCAAAACAAAUCGCCAAGAUGACACAAUAAGUAGACAAGACGACAUAGAAAAUAGACAUUGAAUUAUUUUGGACCCGGAUACCACUUCAUAAUUCGAUAGCUAGGUCUGCCACGAUGACCACCAAAGACUUGCUGGGCAAUUUGUGCCACAAAAGACCUGCUAUGGGCACACAGACAUUCGCGAGCUUCUCGGAGGAGAAAGUGGACUUGAUCUAGGUCAACAGUCGUACUCAGCGAAUCUGCGUACCUAUUGACAAUAUCUAGCAGCCAGUCAAGGCGAUAAAAUGCUCUUUCAGAGACCGAAGCCUGCAGGUCUCUCAAUACUUAUCCAACAACAUAUCUAAUACAGCUGUACUUCUAAGAAACACACUCUCAUUGUUGGCCAUGUAGGAAUUAUAUAUACGGCGGAGGUUAAUAAUCAUAAAUUAAAAUAUUUUAAAGUGGUUUUCCCCAGGCUUCACUCGGUCAGCGCUGUCGUCACGGCCCCAGUCCAAUUUAGAACAGAAGUUGACAGUUAUGUUAAUUUCUGUCCUGUUGGUUCAAUUUUGGUUCUGACUUAUUAAUUUCUGUUCUAAUUGAACUUCUUGAUUUCUGUUCUGUUGGUUCAAUUUCUGCUCCGUUAGUUCAAUUUCGGUUCUGACUUGUCAAUUUCUGUUCUGUUGGUCUACUUUCGGUUCUGAUGAUGGAACAGGAAAUUGCAGGUUCAUCAUAAUGGAAUUUGAAACAGAAUAUUGGCGGAGAUCAUCUCUCAUACCUUUGUACACUUGGUGUUAAUAAAUAUCAUGUUACCUACAACUGUACUAGCUCAAGUUGAAGAGUAGGCAGCGUGGCCAAGCGGUUAAAGCGCCGGACCAGAGGCCUUGAUUUCAAGUCCCAUCAAGUCCGCCAGCUGGAUUUGCUCAAAGUUUAAAUCCUCUGCUGCACUAAUUUGUAUAUGAAAAUAGCCAACUGGUUCACCUCUUACCAGUUGGGAUUCUUAACCAUGUUACAGUAUGUUUAAUUUGAAUAUUAUUAGUUCAUUAUCCCCACCAUAAGGAAGAAAAGCCCUGUAAGAGGAAAGCAUUACCAGUACACUGUAGUUGCAUUUUGAGAGCAAGAUGCCUUAAUGUCAUUCACGUGCAGGUACCACAUAGCUUGAAGUGUUACUUGCAACAUUAAACAGCACACCGCUACACAUGACUUUCUGCAAUCUGUUAGAUAAUAAUUAAUAGUGUUAAUAAUAAUAAUAAUAAUAAUAAUAAUAAUAGUUGUUGUUAUUUUUUAGUUUCCACUUAGAUCAUUGUGGUGCUCUUCCUUGGUUUCUAGAAAAGGUACAAUCACAUGUACUGUAAUUGAUUUAUCAAAAUGAAAAAAUUAUUAGACAAGUUUUCUUCCAUUUUAGUUAUUAUCUAACCUAUCACCUGGCCAUGUACAGCUAUAAAAUUCUUUUCAAUCCCUUGUCCAAAUUACAACAUGUACAAUGUACUAUUCUUUCAUUGUAGAAUGUUUUUUCUGUAUGAAGUCAACUGAAGUUGAAAAAAAUUUUUUUUGCAGUGUUCACACAGAGUUGAAAGGUUCUUGAAUGUUUAAUAAAUCCCUACAAAUUCCUUGAAUUUCCCAAACUUGGAUAUGGCAGAAAUUAAAAUUAAAACUUAAUGAAGAUGAAAAGAUAAAGGGGCUAUGCCACACUAUUUGCUUAAUCUUUUGAUAAGCUAAACCUUGUUUUCAGGUCAGUUAAAUUGCAAUAAAUAAUUCAUUCCUACAGUUAUGAACUUAAAACAGUCAGUUCAUUUAAAUAAUGAUUUAUUCAUUUAUUUGUUUAGACUACUUUUAAAGGAAGAGUAUUUAUGACACAUGCAACCAAAGCAAUAUACAGGUAUUUGAACAUGAUUAUUGUAGUACUUUAAAAUUAUGGGCAAAAUAAAAAACACAACUAAUAUUGUUUUUCUCUCUUUUACAGCACUUUUCAGCUUUUUUGUUUUCAUUUCUGUUUUCUACUGUUUUUCUUUUCAAUAAUAAUUAACUUAUUGCCAUUAAUUUGGUAAAGAAAUUACAGUUAUUAUAUUAUUUUGCUUAAUAAUUAAUGGGAAAAAUUUUGUCCCAUUAAAUCCUGGUGACAAUUAUUAAUAAUAUUUUGUGUUAAACAAUAAAUUAUAUCUGUGAGAAUUUGUAUGUUAAAAAGUGUAUGAUUGACCCGCAAAUAAAUUAUGUAAAUGCAUAUAUAAUUAAUAAUGUCAUACAAACAAAUGUAUAUUUCAUUGAUUCCUUAUUCAGAUGGUUGCUCUCAGAUUAUGUCAAAGUUAGGUAAGCAAUUUAAUAUUGUUGUGGUGCAUAAUAAUAAACAUGUUGUCCAUGGGUUAAGUUUGACCUGCACCAUAGAUGGUUUACAUCCUAAAAAUCCUAUUCUUUUUAAGCAAGUCUUGUCCUGUUGUCAUUUGGUUUGUUUUUUCCCCUGUUAUACUAAUAUUUCAUUAUUUGUAUUUGUUGCUGUUCAAUACCGUUGUCAUCCACAGUGUAUGUUAUAGUAACUAAUAAUGGUGUGUACUUUUUGUUUGAUGCGUAAAUCAGUAACAUUGCAACAGAAGAUAUGCUUUACACUGAAUCAGACCUGGAAAAAAGUAUGGACAAGAUUGAAACAAUUCAUUUUCACCAGGUAUAGAAACUGUUAACCCUUCCUCAUGACAGUGGCCAAAAAGAAAAUUUACCAAAAAUAAUUCAAAUCCAUUUAUACAAAAUACUAGAAAACUAAUAUUACGAUGCUAAGUAAAGAUCUGUCGUUUGUGGAAAAUAGGUUCAUUUGAUUGACAUCACCAAAGGAUUACAGCACAAAUUAAUUUAUUCAUUAUAGUGACAUAUCAUUCCACCUUAUAAAAAUAAUUAAAAGUUGACAAACUACAUGUGCCAUCUGUUAAAAAACGCUUUUUUUGUAUGCUUUUCUAAACCUACAAUGUUCUCUGUAGUCAAUGUAUCAGUACGUACAUGAGAACAUUUUCAAUAUAAAAAAAUUGAAUUGUUGCAAAAUAUGAUUCAUUUCAUAUGUUUCAACUCACAUUAUUAAGUUAAAACCCUAGCGAAAAGCUAACCCUUAUUAAUACAGCUUUAGAUUGAUUUUUGGUUGCCUUGAAAACAGAUUUUACCUACAUGUACGACAAAUAUAAAGAUUAUAGUUCAUCCCAUUCCUUUUCCCUUUAACACCUUCUUACGUUAAAUAAAGGCUUGAAACCAUCUAAAAUUAUAAAUUGCCCAUUUUUUUUACAGGAGAAAGAAGUCAAUGGAAUAAAAUUCUGGUGUUACCAUGCAGGUCAUGUUCUUGGUGCAUCCAUGUUCAUGAUUGAAAUUGCCGGAGUAAAGGUACAUACUCUGCAUUGGUUGUUGAAAUAUCAGUCAGUAACAACAGCAGUCCUAUUCAGGGCUGAACUCACUAGUAAAACCAUUAUUAACCCAACUUACAUUAUUUUCUUGUUGAGCAGAUUCUUUACACUGGUGAUUUUUCACGUCAGGAAGAUCGUCAUCUUAUGGCUGCUGAGAUUCCCAGUAUUUCACCAGAUGUCCUUAUCAUUGUGAGUUGGAAAAAAAAAACAGUCAUUAUUAUGACCAUGAUACCAGAGCUUGUUAUGAUUCACUUUUUUGCUGGACCUCUAUAAACAGUCAGUCAAUUUUUCUUGAUAAAUACAUGUACCCUGUUAGAAAAUUAAUUAUUUUAUUUGAACGCAUGCACAUUUGAAUGUCUAACUGGACUGGCCUGUGUUACCAUCAACACCUGUAACGAUAUCUAAUUAUUUUCAUCAUUUUGUUAUUUUACGUUUACAUGUAUAUAGCUGAAACUGUUAACUGUUACACUGUUGGAUUUAUGAACUAAAACUGUGCAUGCAAUACAAUAAAAUGAUUUAAAGUGAGCGUAGUCAUCUUUCAGAAGUCAAGUCAUCAUUGAACACCAGCUUGUCUAUAUUGAUCUGCUCAAAACAUGGUUAAAUUUGCAAUUCUGGGGAAAAAUUCUCAACUCUCAUGUAAGGGGGUCCUUGAAAAAAGCUGAAAGGGACUUCUCAGCUGGUAAUCUGCAUUGCUCAAUUUUCCUUCCAAAUUGCUAACAAUUUGACUUGCAGUACAUGAUUAUAAAGUCUCUUAGAACUUAUUGGAUAUUGUAUAUGUUGUAGUUAUUUUUUUAUCUCAGGUAAUUUUUGUUUUUCUUUUGUUUUUUGGUAUGGUAAAGUAUGCCAAUGAAGUUGAAACAAAAGAAAAAUAAAAAUUAUAUACCUGAGAUAAAAAAAUUAACUACAACAUAUAUGUUUGGAGGGAGAAAUACUUAUUGACUUUUUAAUUGAAAUACUUAGGAGUCAACAUAUGGUACUCAUAUUCAUGAAAAACGUGAAGAUAGAGAAAACAGGUUUACAAGUAAGCUCAUGUUAAACUGAGUUUCACCAUACAAACUUUUCAUAUACAUGUCUAUAGAUAUUUGUGUUAAGCUCGAGCAAGUGGAGAGCCAGCAAUAUACAGUUCUAAUUAGUUCUGGUGAAACAUAAAAUGAUGUUGAGCACAGUGGUAUUAAUAUAACACGUAAACUUCAUAAUGAAAUUUGUUGUCUAGUGAAAGCAAAGAAAGCAAAAAGAGGAAAGAGAAAAAAUUAUGGUUGCAAAAUUUUAUUUUUUUACUUGCUUUUUCCCAUCUAUAUAGCACGGUAAGUUAGAACAUGUCAUUUUUUUGUAACACAUUCCCAAGACAAAACAAUAGAAUGUCCCAGAAGGUAAUGCAAUUUUUGUUCUCCAGUAGCAAGCAAGGUACCUUGCACAUUAUUAUCAAAGGUUUGGACAUUUUUUGUGACAGUUGCCAAAAAAGAGUUUCAGUUACUAUUUAUUGGUACCUUUUUGCACAACUCUGAGAUUCAAGACAGUUUCAGUGUAUGUCACUUAUCACUUAACUUUCGAGAAACAAUUUAUUUGGUCUUUGUUUAGGUACUGUUCAUGACAUUGUUAAUCGUGGUGGACGAUGUCUAAUUCCUGUAUUUGCUCUUGGUCGAGCCCAAGAACUACUUCUUAUUCUGGGUAGGCAAAAUACAUUAUUUAACUUACCUAUUAAAUUAUUCAAUAAUUUUUUUAAGUCUUGUAAACCUAGUUUUCACAUACAGACUUGCUUACACUUAGCUUACUUGCUAACCAGAAAUGUAAGUAAUACUGUUGCAAUAAAUAAUAUUUUAAUAUUAAAAAUUUAUUAAUUAGAUAUUUUAAUAUUACAUUUACUUGUAGUAAAGCUACAUUUAUACUCCACAUUUUUCUCUGAGUUAAAAUCUCAAAUAAUUUAUGAUAAUUAAAAUUAAUAGUAUACUACUUAUACUUAUACUUACUUGAACGUUUUUUUACAGCAGAACCUUGCAAUGACCAUACUCAACACUCUAUCCAUUUGUAUAAGAACUAAUUGAACCAUCUUUUUCUGUUCAGAUGAGUACUGGCAGAAUCACCCAGAGCUACAUGAUGUUCCAAUCUACUAUGCUUCACAACUGGCAAAGAAAUGCAUGUCAGGUACUGCAUUGUACAAGUUUAAUCAACAGAAAAUGUUUCAUGCUGUAACUGUUGCUUCUAAAAUUGAGGGAUAGAAGUAUUUGGCUUCAGUAAGAUUGUGUAUCUGCAUUUUGUUCUUUCCUCUUGCAAUGGGCCAUUGUACAAUAGACCAUAUUUUUAGAGUUGUGGGCUUACUGAGAGGUGGGGGGGGAUGUUGUACUGCCGUAUUUGGGUGGGCUUUGUUUGACCUUUCCUUUUCUAAUGGAAAUUUUGCUUAAAUAAUACUAGUUAGUAUAGGAGCCUCAUGAUUUAAAGUACACAAUAAAGCAGCCGGAAGGGUUGUAUCAAAAAUAAUGUAUCAAAACAUGGUAAACUCCAGCCGUGCUUUCAACUGUAAUAAUAUUGUAAAAUGGGCUAUUGUGUGCUUAGUAUCUCAGCCUUUGAAUGAAUGUGAGGCCGAGGUAGACCUUGUUUUGAUACAAACCUCUUUCCCGGCCUUUUCUAAUGGAAAUUAUGCUUUAAAAUCCUAGUCAAAAUCCCUGGUAAAAACAAUAUGAUUUUCAUAAUGCAGGAGGGUUGUACCAAAACAAAGUCAACUUCAACCUUGUUUCCACCUGUAACGGUAAAAUGGGCCAUUUACCUAGUCUGAGUUUUCCAAGCAACAAGUGUAAAUAAUACAAGUUCAGUUUUUUCCUACAAUUAACAAAUAGCACUUGUAAUCCUGAAUUCUCCAGAAGUUUGCAUAAACGUGACUUGUGAGGUACCUUAAACAAGGCAUAACUUUAACUUUUUAUUACUUUCAUUUUUCAGUGUUCCAGACUUAUGUGAAUGCCAUGAAUGAUAAAAUAAAGAAACAGGUAUUGUGCAGACUGCAAUAACAAAAAUAAUGUAAUAAAUCAAUCUAGGAUUUGUCUUUGUUAUCACCGGUCCGGCAUUACAUUUACUUGGGGACCCACAUUCAUAAAUUUUCUGAAGCGACAGGAAGUGUCAGUUCGAAGGGGAUGCUUAUUUGAAGGGUGACGCUAAUUUGGUUUUUCAGAUUUCUUAAUUUGAUUGCCUUUUCUUUUGCGUUCCUCAUUAUUUGUGAAUAUCCAGCAUUUAACUCGGAAUGUCUGCUAGUUUGGAGCCAUUGAACACUUAUAGUGCUCUUCUGUUCCCGUAUUCGUUACAUGGUGUGUCCCCUUCAAUUAUUCUGUGUUUUAGCACUGUCUCUCCUGCAUUACCUAAAUAGUGUGAAUAAAGAUGUUGAUGUUGUUGUUUUUGUCGUUGUUGACACUACAGUGAUUUUGUUACCUCCGUGUCCUGCGUCCCUGAUGCAUAAAAGUCUCCAAAGACGCAAAAUAAUUCAUGACAUGCAUCCCGUAGGAUGCAAAGAUCGAUCGAUCGAUCUGAAGAUGUUUUUGUAGAAGCUUGUAGAAUAUUCCGUUCGUGUGAUUUCUGUGGCUGUUAUUGUGGCUGUUGUGUAACAAUGCAUACAAAUUUAGUCUUUUUUGUGUUAUAGAAUAGAAUUGAACUGGAAUAAAGAUUUCAGUAUGUAAACUGUAAUACAGAGUUGUGGAGUCUGUCUUAAGAGUCUGUCUGGUUACAUCAAGGCCCAAGCAUUUUCAAUUUAAGAAUAACUGUUUCUUGAAUUGGGACUCAUUGCUGGUUGUGGAAUAGGACUCUUAAUUUAGGCCCUAGGACUCGCCAUAACUAUUUGUAACAAAAUCACUACAUUACUCCCAUCAGCACACAAAUUAAUUAUAACAUUAAAAAUCAGUUUGUUUCAACAGUUCAACAUGUAAAUGAAAAUCGGCAUACUCAGUGAUCACUACCCACAAAUAGGCUAAUCUAAUCCGGUAGAGCAAAUCAAAUACGUACUAGCAAACUGAAGUUAAAAAAAAAAAACGAGGGCUGACUCAUAAUGUGCUUUUAGCAUGCAUUCUUUUAUGAUUACAACAAGAGAAGUUCAGAAAUCCUGCUAUAUACAUCUUCUUCUAUUUCUGUAUCGCUGUUUUCUGUCACUGUGGUUAAAAAGGGCCACAUUAUAGUGUAGCAUACAUUGGGUACCGCAGUUCGUUCUUUCUUGGGGGAUGGGGGGAGGUUAAUUAGCAGGGGUUGCUUCUUAGUUUUUGAAUUUAAGGGGGGCGCGAAUUCGAUGGACGGUGCUUAUAUUAAAAAUGAGCGCUGAUUCUUGUGCGUUUUUUUAAUUAAUUAUCCCUGGCAGUAAAUACUACAGAUGUUAUUGUGAAAACAUUGUUCGUUUUUUUUUUGUUGUUUCCAGAUUGCCAUUUCCAAUCCGUUUGUUUUCAAACACAUAUCAAAUCUAAAGGUAGGCAAUUUUACUUUCUUGCUGGUCAUGUGCUUCCCGUUCAUUUCAUAAUCGUCGUGUGUUGCUGAUCUCAGCUGAAAUUAAAACUAAGUAUUCUAAGACGUCUUUUCCCAUACUUGAAGCUCCAAGAAAAAGAUAUGAAACAACUCUAAAAACAAGCAUGAUUAGUUUUUGGUCAGUUUUUAACGACACGCAAGUGUAACUUGAAAACGUUGGUCCAGUUUGUUCAAGUUGCAAUUCGUUCCCGUCCUGGUCAUCAAAAGCCAAAGAUUUGCAACACCUAUAGUUGAGGUCUAGUAGUACAUGAAUUUCAAAUAAAGCUGAAUCAUUAUUUCAGGUUUUUCUGUUAUUCCAAUGUGUUUUUGGGAUUUUGAAGUAAUAAGGUUUGCGUAAAAAAUGCCUCUUUUUAGAGGUCGGUCUUCUUCAUAGAGUAGAAGGAUGUUAUUGUGUCCACUUUCCGCCAAACAUGUGCUGGCAGAAUAUUCCAAAGUUUUUGGCGCAGCAGUGGAGAAUGCCCUAUCUCCAUAGGCACGGCUGUCAAUAAGAGGCGGGGGCCGGUGAUUUUCCCUGGCUACUACGAACGUGGCCCCCGUCUACUUUCAUAGGAAAAUACAAGAAAAAUAGAACCAAAAAGUAUCCCUAUAGCUGUUUUAUUCCCCGUGUACUUAGUACUAUUAUAUGAAAGACCUUUACUCUUUAUCAAGAGGCUGUUUUUGUUCUUUAGGGAAUUGACCAGUUUGAUGAUAUUGGUCCGUCUGUGGUGAUGGCAAGUCCAGGAAUGAUGCAGGUCUCAUUUUGAAUUUGUUUCUGGCUAUAGAUAGACCCUCAUACUUGUACUGACUACAGUGCUCAUCCCUCUUUGUUCUUUUUUCUUUUGUUUCUUUUUUGUUUGGGAGCAUAAGUAUAUAACCAUCUUUUGUGGGCCUGUUCGUGUAAGAUGAGUAGUUUCUUAAGAUAUCCAAGUUAGCUUGAAAUCGCGUAACCUGCUAAAACAGCUCUUCUUUGGAGGAGCGAAGAGAGAAGGCUGUUUUUCGCAGGGUAGAAAUCGCGAAGGGUGUGUUGGUUUUUGCAGCAGGUUAUGGCAACAAGAUAGUUUAUUGUAUGUCGUAGUGGAAGACAAAAGCAAACUGUAAAAAGGAAGCUAUGAUAUCUCCUUUAACAGACUGAUUUUUUGGGUUUCACCUGUAUCAAAAUAAAACUACUUAUAUUUUCAAAGGGUGUUGCUGUAAUGUAAAAAUUGGACCGACAUAUUUCUUCUGAAUCGCUCAGUUGGCCUUCAUUAUGAUUAAGUCAUUUCAUCUUUCCAGAAAAAGUGAAGAUCAUACUGUCGGAGGGCAAUACCUUCAAUUAGUAAUAUUAGGGAGGCUCUAGAGAUAAACUCCGGACGCUUAUCACUUAACAGGCACGAGGUCCUGGAGCGGCCAAACAUCUACGAUGUCGUGAUCUCCUUUUACUUGACCGUUCUACGCUCAUGUGACCGCUAAUUAACCAUUCAAAAUCGACCAGGCUGUUGAAAAGGCGGUCAACACUUAUUUCCAUCCGCCAAACUGACGUUGACAGAUUAAUGAUUCGUACACAAAGUAAGGGUUAGGGUUAGGGUUAGGGUUAGGGUUGUUGCUAUAUAUAUUCAAAUCAAACCACUCAUUGUCAGCCAAUCCUCGGUGGAAUAGGGGUUUAAAGUGAUGCACUGCAGAGCCGAUGCUCCGAGAUCGAAUCCUACUCGGGCCAUCCUGAAUUUUUUUUCCUUAAAAAUUGAAGAGAUGUAGACGUUUAUGAACAGAAAUUUCAAGAGACAGAGAAAUAUCAUGUAAGAAAAGUGAAAUGUCUUGUGAGAGGAUGCAAUUGAGCCGCAACAUCUACUCAAUGUUUCUUCCAUUUUCACUAUCACAGAGCGGUUUGUCACGCGAGCUGUUUGAGCAGUGGUGUACUGAUCGUAGAAAUGGUGUAAUCAUCGCCGGCUAUUGUGUGGAGGGAACACUGGCGAAGGUAAAGGCAUGUUAACUAUACCUCAAAUCAAUUAGUGUCCCUUUCUUACGUGAAUUUUAAGAUUGUAUAGCUUGAGGUUCAAAAUAAUCAAUACAAUCAUGAAUCAUUGCAUUGACCUUUUGCCUCAUAGUCAUUCCUUAGUUUUUAGACAUUUUUUGGACGAAAUGUGAGCAUUACACUGUGGUUUAACAAUCUCUGUACGUGUGUGUGUGUGUGUGCUGGUUUUGCUGUUGUUUUUGUUGUUGUUGUUGUUGUUUUCUUUUACUCUCUCUUUGUCUUUAUCUUUUGUUUAUACCAUGUUAUUUUUGUUUUUCGUAGCUCCUUGAUUGACUCGGAGAAAUGAAGGGAAAGAUCGCUUUUGAAAGUCAAAGGACUCUCUUAUCCAUUUUCCUCUUUUCCUUUCUCCCCCAAAGUCAUGCAAAACUAUGAUGGAAUACUAACGAUAAAAAUUUGCGCUUGUACCCUUCAAAUCCAGUUUCGUGUCAGGCAUAUAUGUUUGGACUAUUUUAACGGAAAUAUUCACAGUAAUGACGUUGUUGACGGUACUUGUUUGUUUUUGUCCCAAGACCCUGAUGUCUGAACCUGAAGAGAUUGCUACCAUGACGGGACAGAAGAUUCCUCGGAAGUGCUCCAUCGGUAAAUUAUAUCGCUUUGAAAUAACAUAUCAGACAGGAGUGAGAGUGUUUCAGUAAGAUAUCCAACAGCCAAGGAGUGAGUUGAAUGAACAAGGCGCAGCGGAAUCCUCUUCAGUGGACGUGAAUCAAUACGUAAUGACUUUUUCUUGUGAAUGAUUUGCUCUGACAAAAUGAUGCCACUCGAAAAAUCAGUUUUGAAUCUUUUUAAGGGGAAAAUUUGCGUUCUCCCGAUUGUUUGAGACACCUUCUGAUCGCCAGCUGGGGCUACCUAUUAAACCUCAGACGUAACUACCGACGUCUGGGGCCAGUUGAACAUGACAACGAUCGUCUGACGUUCACGCCAGUCAAACGUGACGGUACGUUUCAUGCAACUUGUUCCUGGCGUUAAAAUAACGAGUUUGAGUGAGCUGGGGCCGGUUGCUCGAAGCCUGGUUAGCGCUAACCGUUGGUUAAGAGGUAUCAAAAUGUAUAGGUUUCCAUGGUAUUUAACGCUGGUUAGCACUAACCAUGCUUCGAGCAACCCGGGUAGAUGUGAGCUGUUAGUGCAACCUUAAGUUUUCUGUAUUUUGAUCCUGACCUAUAUAAUGGCCUUUUUUACACUUCAGACGCAUUAUCCUUCUGGACGAACUUGGGCAAACAUUUUGUAGUUCGUCUGGUUAUGCGUCUAAAGUCUAAAGAUGGGCAUAAAAUGCAUUAUGCAUCAAGACGAAGUACCUUUCGUAGUGCGUCGUUCAAGACUUAUUACCAAGGAAAGUUCGUCCAGACGCAUAAUGCGUCUUGUGCCCAUCUUUAGACUUUAGACGCAUAACCAGACGAACUACAAAAUGUUUGCCCAAGUUCAUUCCAAAGGACAAUGAGAAAACCUAGUGGUUAAUAAAUUAUACCCUAUUGCUUUUUUUUAAUUAGGGUCGACAUAAAACAGAUUCUGUGAUUUUUUUGUGUUUAUUGAGCAAACAGGGACACAUAGACCAAGUACUAAGCAAAAAGGGGUGAAAUGCAAUCGCUGGACAUUACGUGCUGGUAAAGCAGAAAGAGAGCGUUAAUUACAGUGUAGAGAACUCAACUGGAGCCAUCCAACUUUAAUCGGCCAAUAACAGGUCGUGUUCAACACUAAUGAGUCUGACGUAUUUAGCUUGUUAGCCAAUAAAAAAGAAGAAAAUUUUUUUUUCAAGUGGCCCCGGCUAGGUUCGUUGCACUGUAAGGAAAUUUUAAGUCUGUCUUCUGACAAAGGGUAUCUUGCAUCUGUACAGUUAACUUUUUAUCAUCUCAGGGCUUCUGAGGCAACACACGGUCCGUUGUAUCUUGUAUCUUCUAUUAUCAGUCUGAUAAAAAAAAUAAAAAUCGACAGUAUUUGGUAAAAUUUUACCGAGGCGAGUGCCUCGGUUCGCCUCAUACUGGCUACGGCGGUGAUAAUUACUUCUUGUUUCAGCGUAGCAGAAAAUGCGUGUGUACCACUGUAUUCAUUGAUGUUUUUGUUUGCCUCCUUUUUGUAGAUUACAUUUCAUUCUCAGCUCACACUGAUUUUGAACAGACCAGUGAAUUCAUUCGAAUUCUUAAGCCUCCUCACAUUGUAAGUACCAAGGGUAAUAUUUAAAAUACAGAUUAACCCUUUAAGCCCUAAGAGCCUCUGGCUCGGAUGGUCGGGGCAACUCCAUCCCACGUAUUGACGUUAAUGAAUUGAUUGAUUGAUUGAUUGAAGAGUGAUCAGCAUCAAAUUUCUCCUUCUAAUAUCAAUGCUCUGUAAAACAGAGUGGUCAAGAGAAUUACGGACAUAUCACACAAGAUGAAUUUGCUUGAUAUUUUAUCAACCUCUCCUCAUUACCUCUACAGGAAAUGAAUAGGAACAACAAAUGAGAAUUCAAAAUUUGAUCUUAGGGUUUAAAGGGUUAAAGUUAACUCUCUGAAUUCCCAAAAGUGGUCGCAAAAGUAUUGCUCUUCAGUAAUUUCUGCGCGUUAAGAGAACACAACGUGUUAAUUUUUCUUUCUUUUCUUCUUGCUUUGGAGUGGCUUUAUUUAAUUUCUAUCCAUUCCUUCAUAAUACUAAAGGCUUAUUUUUCAUUGCUUUUUAUUGCUUUAGGUACUUGUACACGGUGAGCAAAAUGAGAUGGGCCGACUCAAGGCUGCUCUUAUCCGAGAGUACGAGGACAACCCGGUAAGUUCAUUAAUUAAUAAAAUCUUUAUAACAGUUAAUUGAAUAUCGGAUCCGAGCGCUUUGUCUACUCUUGUUUCUAAUCGCCUGAUUCACAUGAAAUGGGCUAUCUCGAUUUGCUGAUUAUCCCAAUAUUACACGAAGCGAGUCAGCCCAGGGCCGCCAUGGUUGCAAAGAGGGAUUAAAGCAGUGCGCAUGAGUAGUGUGUAGCCCGCUGUCCCGUUGUUAUGUCCCGUUGCUAGGCUGUUGCAGGCGUUCAGAUUGUGAGCGCGGGAGAAAAAUUCACGAAGAAAAAAAAAAAAACGAGGGGGAAAGAUUUUCUGGUUUUCCCGGUAUACAACUUAACUCGCCCCCCGCCGCGCUCUACUAUCUGAACGCCUGGAACAGGCUAUCCCGUUGCUUGUUUGGUUUGUCGUGCUGGUUAGGCGAGCAUAAUUUCAUGGGCAAUUUCCAGCAGCCCGGGUAACUGGAAUCCAGGUAUCUCAAUACUCGGAUCCCUAGUACCUUGCGAAAACGGCUGUUUUCGCAGGCUCGAUCCUUAGCGAACCGGGAUGGCUCGGUUGUCAAGUAAUCGCUAAGCUGAUUUUUGUUGCGUUUAACUAACGUGGCGAGAUCUUAGCAAAUCAAGCCAGCUCUAGAAACUGGUCAAACCCGGUGCAUGUAAUCAGGCCCUCAAGCUUAAAACUACUGCGACGACAACAGACUUGAAACUAAUUCUUUCCUGUUAUUUUGUCUGUAGGACGCGAGUGUAGUGGUUCAUAACCCCCCUAACACUCAAAGUGUGGAGCUUUACUUCAGGGGGGAGAAGAUGGCAAAGGUAAUAUGCAAGAUACGCAUUGUCUCGCGAACUUCUAAAAAAAGAUAACACUUUAUUGCGCUAAUUGAAGACAUCAUUUAUUCAUAAAUAUGACUGGACCUGUGUCCAGAGUUGGUUGGCGCUGAUAUGGUUUCCAGGCACAGUAAAUAUGCCUUGCUGACCAAGCAUUAGGUCAAGAUAGCCAUCUUGACGGAACAAUCUUGGUCAAUAAAGGAUUUAUUAUAUGGCCAGAAAGGGAACUUUUUCUUGCGGGACCAACGCGGGAAAUUCCUGGCGGGCAAGAUAGGCCCAUCUCGUCCGCUCGGGUAGCCAAUCAGAAUGCAGGAUUCGCUUCACUUUGCCCGGUCAUGGAUUGAGCCAUAUAGAAACCUGUCUUAAAGUUUACUUCUUGUAGGUUUUUGUUUGAAUUCUCGGUAACCGUUCCUAAACUACGCACUGCCUGCUGAAGCAGGGCUAAGUAAUCGUGCUUACCCAGCAAAACCGUCUUUUGUCGUACGAGAAAGGCUGAUGAUUGAAUGUUAAUGACGAGCUACAAAUUUGUUACUAGUUAUCUAGUUUUGUAGCUAGGGUCAGUUCUUUUUUGCUUUUCUUGUCAGGUGAUGGGAAGUUUAGCGGCGGAAAAGCCUGAACAUGGAAAACCUUUGUCUGGGAUUCUGAUCAAGCGUGGCUUUAACUAUCAUUUGAUUGGGCCAGAUGAUUUACAAAGUAAGUCGGUGAACGAGGUUGUUUAUGAAAAAGUAGUACGUUUAACCACAAGUGCCGCAGAAAAAAAUAUCACGUAAAAUGGAUAAAUUUUUUCUCAGAAAAAACUGACAAACAAAUCCUAUGACAUGCUUAUCAUGUCGUUGUUGGUUUGUCAUAUUGUAAGUACCCCUUUUGUUUUCACUCCACGAACUCGAUUAUUUUGGUCCAGGUGUUCAGAUGUCUCAACAGCGCAGAAAGGCUACGCUUUGAUUAGUACUCCAUCCACUCACUCAAAAUAGUUGUGGUUACACUGAAUCUUUCCCCUGUCGGAUAUUGCCUUUCACCUUGAAAUAAAUAAAUCUUUUGUGUGUGACCGCUCCCUCUCGAGAUAAAUGUAACUUCAGGUAUAACCAUGGAAAAAGUGAUCACGACAGCUACCGAAUUGUUUAUCCGCGUGAGUUUAUUCCUUAUAAUAAAACGAUCAAUCAGUGGAUUAACUAAAUCGCAAAACUUCAACCUUAUAGUACCACCCGAUAAAUGUUGCGACAACUGCCUUUUUUCAGGUCAAAGGUUUUGUUUAAAAAAAUCAAAACCUGCCAGGCUUUCCAUCGUUGAGACCUCAAAAACCUUAGAAAGCGACUGACUGAACAUGGCGAUGUCAACAAUCACAUUGCUAAACACCAUUUACACACGAAACAUCAAAUCGACUGGGACUCUGCGACAUGUAUUACGUAUUUUACAGACUACUAUCAACGACUCACUUUAGAAAGCUGGUUUACUAACUUAGAACAAACGUCACUGAAUUGUAGUCAACAGUUACCUGCGCCGUACAAAAGACUUAUUGACGGACUUAGCAAAACUAACUACGAGAGAAUGACUGAACAACCGACAAACAAUAAACGACUGUUUAACUUUGACAGUAGACGGAUCGAAACGCACUAAUGACAUUACAAGUCUUCAUAGCCAAGAACAUCAUGGCUUAACUGACAGACGACCAAUAACGUCGCGACUUAAUUGACCAAUCUGGUCAAUAACCAGAGUUUAAAGGGAACCUCCACUUCAACAAAAAGAUAACUUUAAAUCACAGGAAAUAACUGUUACAGUCAAGUCAAUCUAAAAUAUUUUAAAAGAAAGCGUUUGUAUCCGAAAGAAAUAACCUUUAGAUUCGCCUAUUUUUGUUUUCAAAUUUUGCGGGCGUCGCCAUCUUGAAUAAUUGUGACGUGUAAUGGUUGCCCUAUUGUUAUUAAACAAAAGCUCUUUGUGUCAGAACAAUAGAGCUACCGUAACACGUCACCAUUAUUCAAGAUGGCGGCGCCCGCGAAAUUUGAAAGUGAAAAUAAGCGAUUUUAAAAUUCACUUUUCCUGAUAUAAACACUUUUUUUAAGACAAAUUUCGAACAAAUUUGUUCAUCAACAUAAUUUUAUUCGAUUUAAACUUAUUCUGUAGUAAGAGUGGAGGUUCCCUUUAAUACCAUCAACUGACUUAAUGCAACUCAUUUUGACGCUGAAGAUAACUACCGCACGGAUUGUCGAAACGUCAGUCACGGUCAACAACAGUCCUAUUCAGUACCACGUUCACCCGGACGAUCAGAUGCAACCUGCUUAUGAAAUGACUCCUGUGUUCAGACCUUUCACACUUCUGGCACUGUUACUAGGGACAGGGAAGAAUUAGAGAGUUUACUCUUCACGUAAACUGCAAACGUCAGAGAGAAUUCCUCAAAAUAGAAAAUGAGCAGAUAAAAACGUUUCAAAACAUUUCUUACGGAUAAAAAAAUUGCAUGAAACUACUAAUUUGUGUGUAGAAAUAAUGAACAGUAAACGACAAGUUAAGGGGAAACUUGGUCACGUGGUACAAAUUCGCGUCUGCCUUUUGACGUCAACGUGAAGCUUAACCUCUCUGUUAUUGGCCAAUAGCUCACAGGCGCUUUCCCAGGAGUCUUUGCAAUAGUUAACUCGGGUUUCCUUCUCCUUUCUAAUGUGGCGAAUGAUGUGUGUAACAACGAAUAGUAUAUACAACCAUGUUCGUUACGUCUCAGACACUUUCUUUCCUCUGGCUCUCCCUUCGUAGUUGAUAAAACGCGUCAUUAUCAAUAUCUAAAUAAAACUUUACGGCCUGGGCGGAGGUUGCUUUAACACCUCUAUUAAAAACCCUCUCUACAAAUUGUUAACGUUUCAAAUUUUCUCCUCAGAUUACACCGAACUUUCAACAAGUGUACUUACUCAGGUAUUUUGAAUUAAAUACUUAAGAAUGCAAGGGGAAUUUUUCGAUGCUAUUUUUGUUUGUUGAUCUUUUUGUAGUCUAUUUAUUUAGGGAUAUUUAGACCAAUAUAGUUGUAAAAGCAAAGCUAAUCAAAACACGUGUACACGUAAAAGAUGCAAAUGACCAGCAGCGGCGGAUCCAAGGGUAGGGUCCUGGGGUCUUACCCACUUUCCCCCAUCCCCUCCCCCCACCCCCUUCCCCCCGCCUAAAAAAAUCCUCCCAUCCGACUAAGAACUUUUUUUUCAGUAAUUUUAUGACUUAAGAGUUGUAAUACUGAAAUGAUUACUAAUGAGGAACGGUACAUGAGGAUCCACGGAGUUGACGAUUAUAGGAAAGUGACUUGUAAUUCGCCAUUUGCACAUCUCCUAUAAUACACCUUGUUUGCCCUCCAAAUUUUGCAUAAGCAUUGCCUUCAUCUUCUCUUGGGGAGACUGUAAUACCCUGGAGAAAUGAAAAAUGAAGGUUAUGCAAAAUUUGGGGGGGCAAACUAGGUGUAUUACUGGAGAUGUGCAAAUGGCGAAUAGCAAGCAAAGCUGACAGAUAUCUGUAGACCCCUCACAAAAAAAUCUGAAUAUACGUUUAGAACUGAAACCUCAAAGAACUCGUGUGAAGAUAGCUUGUGUACUAUUGGCCUUGGCAUCAUUGGCCUGUGUAUGUAGACUGGGUUAGUGUUGUCUCGCAUUGCACCGUGGGAGUCUUUUGUGGUGUUAGCUAGAACUUCAUCAUUGGCCAUUACGAGUAAUAUCAUUAAAUUUGUCCCCCAAAACAGUCCCUUUUUGUAGUGGAACACAAUACCUUAAAGGCGACUUCCAAAUGAACAAAAUGCAGCACAACAGAUGAAAUCGAUGAGUAUAACUGCAUGCUACUUCGAACACUAUGGAAAUCUUUGAUGUUUUCUUUCGUAGCCAAUAAGCCAAUAUUUUAAUCGAGAGCACCACAAGAGCAUAAGCAACACCAUAGUUUCCCAUACUUAUCCACUGAAUAGAAACAGGCCGUUUCCGAGUUCAAAAGACUUUCACUACUAGAGCGAGGCAAAGUGCAAAACCUUUCUUGUGAAAAAGUAUCCAGACUCUAUAAUUGGUUUAUUUGUUUUAUUUGUUUUGUUUUGUUUUCUGUAGAAGCAGACAGUGGCUUUUCAUGGCGCUUUCUCUCUGCUUCUUCAAUGCUUGGAGAACUUGGCUGGCGAAGUGGAGCAGCUCACGCUUCAAGGAGGAAAACUAGCGCUGAAAGUUUUUAAGGCCAUCACUAUAAUCCAAGAGAAAAGGAGCGUUACUGUGGAGGUAUUUACUGUGCUGUGGUAUAAUAUUACCCUGGGGAGAGGGGUACUCCCUAUGAUGGCCUAUACGGGGAGGUUCUGCCCGAAAGGUGUACCAUUUUUAGGCUUCAGGUAUGUGAAAGGGUAGGAGUUUCGCGCGUUGGGGCAUAUGAAGGGUAAGGGAAAUCUGCCAUUUAUAAAGUAUUUAAAGGGCAUUUAAUUAAAAUAUUUCGAACAGAUGCACCUUAUGGCUGUGUCAAAAUUUAUUUAACGCUACAUAUAAUGAAAAGAAGCCUUAUUUUUUGUAGGUAUGAGAAAGGGGCACUAUUUUUCAAUCGAAGGUUUACGAAAGGGGUACCUUUUUUGUCAAAAGAGGUAUUUAAAAGGGAACUGGUAUAAGCCUCGGGGAGGGGGGGAGCCUCCCGUACAAAACGUUGUUGAGCACCCCCUCCUCCCGGACUAUUACUGUCAUUCGUUUGUUUUUGCUUACGAUUAACACAGGGUAUUGCCCAAAAAGAGCACGACAUCACAGUAGAAACAUUUGCGUCUUGUUUUUACUUCUUGUGCGUAGGUUUAGUAACUGAAAAGGAACGCGGAAUUCGAAAAAUUUAUUUGAAUAACAUUACUUGACGUUUCAACGAAUUAAUGUCAAGAUUGUCAAAUGCGAAGAAGUUUAACACAGGUUGCGGAUGAAUUGUAUAUGACCAGAAAGAAAGGAUCGAGACUAAACACUCAAGCGCAAGCGAAUUCCACUGCACACGCGCGAAACUUCAUAUGUUUCCAUCUUUUCUGUUUCCACUCUAUAUCCGCAACUUAUGUUUGUUAUGAGUCGUCUAAACCUCGUAUAACGUUUUUUUCGUUCAUUUUCUUCUCAAAUCUUCCAAGAAGAGCUGGGAAAACAUGACUGUGCGUAUCAAAAUUAAGUUGUGUUUUCAAGACGCCACUGUUGCCAUCUUAACCUGUGUUGAUUUUAAUGUUACUGUUUUCAUUUUAGUGGGUGGCUAAUCCCGUAAAUGACAUGUACGCUGAUGCUGUUCUAGCAGUGAUUUUACAAGUUGAAUCCAAUCCUACUGCAGCUCAAGGUGAUUACUUUACUUCAAUGAAACCUCGCCUGACAUUCACCUUGGCUGUGGUUAAACUAGUCAGUUUAAUUUUUUAAGCAAAAUAUCGCAUUUGCCCUAGCGUUCAUUUUGUACACAUUCAAGAUUUAUGAUGUAUGUUGCAUGCUGUAGUGGAACACACGUAAGGAUCAUUGGAUUAAAAAAUAGGACCUUUUAAAUCCCUUGAUUGCUUUAUAUGCUCUGCGGUACUAAAACCUCGAAGCCACUGACAACUUAUUUGUGGACUGUUUCCUUACAACAGACAAAAGUGUUCGGUGCAACUAUAUCUUAUACCGUUAUCUACCUCCUCGUUUGUCGUUAUUUGGGACUUUAAGAUCCAACGACGCGGACGACAACGAGAACGUCAAAAAAACAAUUGGUUUAAUUAACAAAAGCAACAACUUCGCACGUGCAUCACACUUUUUUGUACAUUUCUUUCCCGUUUUUGCACGACUACGACGUUAAAAUGCCUAAUUUCGCGUUUUAUGGAGGACGUAAACAACCAACGACGAAACUUUUAUUUCUCUUUCUGAGCUUGAAUUUGGUCCCUUGAAAUUCAGCUUCAGGAGGGUUCGCCUACAAUGGACAAAGUAAGUGGGUAGGAAUAAUCGCUGUAAAGACUGAAAUAACGCAAAUAGGUGGUUUUCAUGCAAUCUCGGGAGACACAAAUAACAAUGGUGAAAUGAACAAAUGCUGGUGGACAAACAAAGCGAGCUAAUGAGCGAUCUUUUGUUUACCGUCCACCAGCAUGGCGGCGAUGACGUAACGUGAAAACCACCUAUUCACUUUUUCAGCGACGUUCUUGUCGUCGUCGCGUCGUUGGGUCUUAAAGUCCCUAUUGUUGUUGUUGUUGUUGUGUGUGUGUGUGUCUCGUGCCGUAAGGGCUUGGUUUUUACGAGCUAAUCAAGCACAAGCGCAUGUACAAUCGCAAGGAUAGAUGUGCUGGUUUCACUGGCCAUUUAAACGGACUAGACGCCAACUUAAGGAUCAAAGUUUUUCCUUCUCUUCCCUUGCACUUAUGUUUAUCUGUUGCGUUUGCGUUAGUAGCCGUUUUCAUUUGACACAACACUUGUUGUUCUUGUGCCUGUGUUGUGUUCGCUUCGCUUGAGAAAGCAAGGUUCGGUGUUGUCACAAGUGCAUUUUGGGACUGUUUCGGGAACGUUACCGCUCAAUUGUAUGAAGCAAAAGCAAACAAAAAGAAAUAUAUUUGUUUUUCUUCUCUCUUUUUUUUUCUUUUUUUUUUUGUAGUUGCUCGCUCCAAGAAGUCUGACUUGAGCAAGUUUCCUGAAAAGUAAGUUUUGGAGACAAAUGUGAUAUCCAUCAUGCCACAACAGUGGUACAAACAAAAUUGUUAUAAUUAUAUAGCGUGCGCUUCAUUGGUUACUUCGAGGUCACACGAAUUGAACAUUAAAAGCCAUUUCCCGUCAAAAGUUUCCGAGUAGACAGCAAUGCAAAAUCUAUGAUGUCAGAGGAUGACAGUACACUGUUACCCUCGAAUUUCCACUUCUUGCUAAGAUUUGCCUUCAUUAAUUUUUACGCUUAGGAGUGUGCAUAUUUAAUCAGUCGGUGCAUGCAAAAGUGUACGAAUCAAACAGUCAGCCAGAUACUGGCCCGGGCGCUCUAACGACUGAGCUACGAGCUGGGCUAUCGCACACUGCUAGGAUUAACGAGCGAACUUAUAGAGCGUUUUCACCCACGUGACCUGGGGUUAUGUAAUUUAUCAAAGCAAAAGAAAAGUUUUCGCUUAAAGAAAGUUAAACUCCCUCAAGAUUUGUCUGGGACACUAAAAUAGCCGCUCUUUGCAUUGUUUUUGGUCACCUUGUCCAAUAUGAGGGCCAUGGCUUCAUCUGAAAGCGCUCUAUUGAUCUCAUCGACAAUCUCUAUUUACUUUUUGCCAGACUGGUGACACUUUUAAGGGGAACUUAUGGUAACGAAGCAGUAACUCGAACCACAAAAGGUGACCAGAUAUCCGUGCGACUGGACGGACAAACAGCUGUUAUCAACCUUGAUACUCUGGUAAGAAUCAACACUAUGCAGAAUUCCCUUGUCAUAGGCCAGUCUUGGUGAAGUAUCUGAUAAACUAUUAUUUUAGAUUCCGAUCGCUGACUUACUCGGGCAGCUGCACCUCAUAAAGAGAAAAUCUGGUGUGACAAUAAAACCAGCAAAGAUGGCGAACUUAGCUAAUAGUACUGGGAAUGACAUCUAAGAAAAUCAGGAAAUAAAAUAAACUAAACUGCUCGAAAGAUUGCCCUUCUUUAAUGAUAGGAAGUAACGACGAGGUGAGGCACGUCCCCCUGCACAGGCUGUGUGAGUGACUAGGGGAGGUAGCGUAAAAUUCCGAACAUAAGCCCCCGAGCUUAUAUAUCUACGGAGGGCAAUUUGCGUUUCAAAAUCGAUUAGGCUAGCUUAUGGUUGGAAGGAAAUUUAUCGUUUUUUCUUUGUUUUAUUUUGUAUUUGAUGGCAUUAUUUUUAAGUACAAGGCCCCCGGCGCUUAUAUUCGGAGGGGCCAUUUAACGGAGAGUUUUUUGCAUUACGAGUUUGAGGGGCUUCUAUUUGGAGGGGCGUAUACAUGGUGGGGCUUAUUUUCGGAAUUUUACGGUAUGUUAAGAAGAAGAAACAAGUGAAGGUAAUGCAACAUCUCGCCAACCGUUUUACUGCGGAUCGCUCUAGCGAAGAGAAUGAAGGGCUGGCGCUUCGAUCGUCAGCUUUUGCAUCUCUUUACGGUGGCAAAUUUAUCUUAUCAUUUUGGUUGAUCACACUAAUUUUAUUAUGAACUUAUAGUUGGUGGGCGGUUUCCUAUAGAAGCUAUCUACCAGUCUAAAGCUAGAAGCUUGAUCGAACCCAGAAAUCCUUUCGUCGACAUCUAGUGUCCAGUCUCCGUGAAGUUUCUGGAAUUACCAACUGACAUUUUUGCUGAGUGUUAAUUUGAUUUCUUUUCUCUGGACAGGAAGUGGAUUGCCUUGAUGAAAGUUUACACAGCCAUGUUUCAUCUGCAGUGAAGCGUCUUCAUAAUGCCAUGGCUCCAUGUCACCCUUGAGACUUCCCUUGUUCAUUCAAUCUUACAGAUUUUUCUCAUCUGGGUCUGAAAAAAGAACACUUAAACUCUUUAAGACAAGCCGGCUUUAUAGGAUAGCGAGCAUUCUUAAAGCGACCCACGCUUAUUCAAAAGAAGUGAGAGAUUGGAGUUGUUAAGCCUUUCAAUAUGUACUGAAACAUUCAUUCGUUUCGGCUCGUUCAACGGCGACGUAAAUUUCAGUAUUAGGCUAUUUUUUCUACGAAGGAAUUCAAGUCCAUCAGUGCAAAGUAAACUUGUCUUUAAGGGGCGGUUGGAGGAGGGAGGUGAAGAAAAAUCGUUGUGAAAGUGUUCUGUUAAUGAAUACAGCGUCCUGACUUAACUUAUUAUAAAGUUGUCUUUGUUGUCUAC